ACACCCCACUCAACACCCCUACACACCCCUGGCCCCUCCCACUCCCCAGCCAUUGGUUGGCCGGUUUCUAAGAAGGAAUUUAAAAAGGAGGCCUUGGUUUUGCAUCGCUUAGGCUCCAAGAGGACAAGAAGACCGAAAGGCAUCCCUCCCACAGCCUUCCCCACUGCUGCCUGGUCUGAACAUGCAGACGUCUCAGGCUCUGUGCUCUUUCUGCAUCUUCUUCCAAGUCUUCCUCCCUUCUGGGCGAGGCUGGCAAGUGCUUAAAAACGAUGCCACGGAGAUCGUGCCCGACUUCCCGGAGAAUACCGAGCCGCCGGCCGAGCAACCGUACAUCCAGAGUGACAACGACACCAUGAACAACCGGGCGCAACAAGGAGAGAGGCACCUGCAAGUUGCCCUGGGCAGGACAGAACCACUCGAGUUCAGUUGCCGGGAAACAUAUUCGACCCGCUACAUCACCGACGGUCUGUGCCGCAGCGUCAAGCCGCUCAGGGAGCUGGUCUGUUCCGGCCAGUGCCUGCCCUCCCACCUCCUCCCCAACUCCAUUGGCAAGGGGAAAUGGUGGCGGCAGAACGCUUUGGAUUACCGCUGCAUCCCGGCGCACAGUCGCUCCCAGCGCAUCCAGCUGGCCUGCCCCGACGAGGAGCUGCGGACUAUCAAGAUCAGAGCCGUCACCGCUUGCAAAUGCAAGCGCUACACCCGCUACCACAACCGCUCCCAGCUCAAGGACUUCAGCAAAGAGGCCGCCCGGCCCCAGAAGAACAAAAAGCCACGUCUCUCCAGGGCCAGGGGCAGUAAGGCCAACCAGCCGGAGCUGGAGAACUCCUACUAAGCGGAGGGGCCGUUGGCGAGGCCCAGCCCAGAUUUUUGUUUUCUGCAUGGCCCACCCUCCCUUUUCGUUGUUGUUGAUGGCGACUGGAUAAACAUGGAAUGGAGCGAGCGGGGGAUGGUGUCGAGGGGUCUCCAUGGCCGCCGCCCCAGUUGGAGGUUCAGAGCUCAUGCAGCCCAAAAGCUAUCCGACUCUCCUCUAGGUGGUCGGACGAGAGAGGUGAAGGGUGGGGUGGGGUGGGGAAUGGACAGAGCGAAACUGAGCUGGAGGAAGCCUGAGAGAUGAGUCGCUCAGAGGGUCUGCAAGGGGUGGUGUGACUCGAAAGGCCAAAGUGGGUGAGCAGGGCCCACUUGCUCCACUGCCUCCCUCAGGAUUUCCUUGCCCUGACUCUGUUUGACAAAGGACUGGCGCCUCUCUGCAAAAGCAAACAUCGAUUUAGAACCAGGUGACAUCUCUCCAGGUGCGUGCUCACCUGCACGCCUUCUCUGCUAUCCUUGCUUUUUUACAUGUCGCACAUUUAUGCGUCGCUCCUUGUUGUGCCGCAGCAUUGCCUGAACUAUGUGCUAAGCUCUUUGUCAGCAGGGCAUAUUUGCUUCCUGUCCUGCGAUCUGUUGGGUUGCCCUUCGAUUCACCAGGAGAAAUCGGGGAGC